CGCCUCUGUCCAUCAGCACACCAGAGUUUGCUUCAUUUCGUGGCUGCUUCAUAAAGCGCAGAGUAAGUGCAAGCCUGCGACACAACGCACCUGACCGACUCCCUGAUCGACACCCUGCACCGCUCCCCAACUGCGCUAUGGGUGGUGUCCCGCUGUUGCUGGUAGCGCUACUGACGCUGCAGCGGUCAUGGACAGCUGCCGUGCGCGGCAGUCCUUCGAUCGUGGGCGGCGGCUCGCUGGCCAACCCUCCGCAGACGGUGUCCUCGGAGGAGGUGACUACUGGCCUCGGCCACUAUGACUAUGACAAGGUGCUCGAGCUGUCGCUGCUCUUCUAUGAGGCCCAACGCUCCGGGCAUCUGCCCAAGGACAACCGCGUGCCCUGGCGCAGCGACUCGUGCCUUAAGGACCGCGGACAGCACGGAGAAGACCUCGAGGGUGGAUACUAUGACGCUGGCGAUUUCGUCAAAUUUGGCUUCACGAUGGCGAGCACGACCACUCUGCUGGCCUGGGGCAUGCUGUCCUACCGGGAUGCAUAUGAAGUUGCAGGUCAGCUCAAGUACGGCAGGGCGGCUAUCAAGUGGGCCACCGACUACUUCAUCAAGUGCCACGUCAGCCCCAACGAGUUCUACGGCCAGGUCGGCGACUUCAACCUGGACCACACAUUUUGGGGCCGGCCCGAGGAUCUCAACAUGAGCAGGCCCUCCUACAAAAUCGACACGCAGCACCCUGGCUCGGAUUUGGCUGGCGAAACUGCUGCCGCUCUUGCGGCCGCGUCGAUGGUCUUCAGGGCGGACAAACCUGAUUACGCGACCAAGUGUUUGACACACGCCAGACAAUUAUACAGAUUUGCCAGCCAGUACAGGGGACUGUAUCACGAAGCCAUCAAGGGAGCUCAGCAGUAUUACGAAUCUACUGACUAUGGUGACGAACUGACAUGGGCAGCCGCUUGGCUGUACAAGGCUACGAACGAAUCACAGUACUUGGACGAAGCCGAGCACCACUAUAUGAAGUUCCGUCUAAAAGAAAGACCGAACGAGUUCUUCUACAACAAGAAGGUGGCCGGCGUGCAGGUUCUGCUCGCUCAACUGACUGGCAAGAGCGAAUAUCUGGAAACGGCCAAGGCGUUUUGCGACUUCACUGUGCACUACCAAAAGAGAACUCCCAAAGGUUUGGUAUACAUCGACAAAUUCGGGACUCUUUGCCACGCUGCCAAUGUCGCCUUCGUUUGUCUGCAGGCCGCUGAUACUGGAAUCUCGGCUAGCAAGUACAGAGACUUCGCGGUGCAACAGAUCCACUAUAUGCUCGGUGAUUCUGGUCGCAGCUUUGUCGUUGGCUUUGGAAAGAAUCCCCCCAAACAAGCCCAUCACGCUGCCAGUUCGUGCCCAGAAAGACCUGCUCCUUGCAGUUGGGAGGCCUUCCACCGCCCUGGUGCGAAUCCUCAGGUGCUAAAAGGUGCCGUGGUUAGUGGGCCUGACGAGAACGACUACUACGAGGACAACAGGGAAGAGUACGUUUACAAUGAAGUCACCCUCGACUACAACGCCGGAUUCCAGUCGGCCGUGGCUGGUCUGCGGCAGUUGCUGCUGGAGAAGCAGAGGCACUAGACAAACGCAAAUUCCUUGCAAAAUCAAAAUGCUUAAUUUUGACCGUCAAAAACUUAACCGCUCAAUCAUCAAGAAAAUUAAUUCCUUCAACCCUGCUGAGCAUUGAAGGUGUCUUAAAUUUUACGCUUAGCUCUGGUUUUAAUAUAUAUGAAACUUCCUGACCAAUGAAAUAAACAUUUAAUCAUUUCGCUCGUGCCAUCUGAUGUCAGGACAUUCGAGAUCGUGUUUUGGUCUGUGAAGGUGAGAGUUACGAGGCACGGAAUCUCAAAAUUUGUUUAAGUUAUCACGUUGGUACAAAUUUGAAUGGUCCGAGAUAUAACUUUCAAGCAAUUUUUGCUCAUGUUGAUCUAGUGCGCUCGUACUCGGUGUCUCAAAUUAAAAUCCAUCUAAAUUCAGAUAUUUGUGGUUUUUAAGUGGCUGAUUUGAAAGACAAAAAUCAUGCUCCAAAAUUUUGGUGUGAAUUUUACCUCUAUGCUUACUUAACCACUGUGAGCAUCUCUACGGAGAUGCGAGAGGCAGUUUUAUUACACAGCAAUAGCAAUAGAAAGUUGUUUAGCACGCAAGUCGCAAGUAUUUUCACAUUCCAGCACUCACCAGUUAACGAAAACUAAAUAAUUAUUGUUGUGGACGAGGCCACUGUGUUGUACGAAUGUUUCAAUUGAAGUGGAAAUUAAGGCUGUGUAACGAUGUAAAGUAACACUUUAAUUGAUUUUCAUAUUUGUUUAGGUUGUACAUGUUAGAAAUCCUUAAAAAUUGACCUUUUCCCAAGGAGUUAUUUUUAUGAUAGAGAAAUUAUUGUAAUACAAAAAAGUUUAACUGUAAGAGCCUCUUUUUUGUGCAUUUGUACUUACAACUUAUGCGUGCGUUUGGCUCCUUAUGAUUCCAUAACAACUAGGUAGUUGGUAGAUAGAUUACGAUUAAUUAAGUUUAAGGAGUAAUUGACACUAGAGCAGGAGAUGUUUUUAGCUCGGGAAUUCUUGCCCCAGGACCGAAUCUUUGGUGGGAAAGGUUUUAAUGCACUUUUAGGUUUACACCCAGAGUGAGUCCAAUGUUUUUUAACUGCUGCUAUAUAAUAAAGUAAGAGUAAAAUCCUAA